ACCCACACGGCCACACACCAAAAACCAAACGGCACGGAACGCUGCAGUUUUCCAAUCAGCCCCUGACCGACCACAUAUUUGGAAAAGCUUUCCCACUUGUGCUAUCCCUUUUACGCGUAGCCCCCAGCAUCUCGCGUGUGACUUUCGCCGGAGCUACAAUAUGAAUGGUCAAACCACGAUGGGGCUCGCCGCCGCCGCGAGGCCAUGCCGCCAGCGCCUCCUCACCUCCGCCUCAGCCGCGGCCGCGAAGGCCUCUGUGAUCCGGCUCUUCCCAAGAUGCCCCCACCCGCAACACCACCACCACGGCCGACGCCUCCCGUUCCUCGUGUCGGCGGCGUCGCAUACCUCGCAGCCCGACCCGAGCACCACCCCCACCCCCACCCCCGUAACCUCCGAUCCCCGUUCCGCCGUCGCUGGCAACCUCCCCUUCUUCGACCGCGUGCUCUUCCCGGGCUCCUUCCCUCCGGAGACCCCGCCUGUGGAGGACCCAGCGCCGCCGGCUGAUGAACGUCCGGCGUCUGCUUCACCGGUGAGAGAGGAGACGGAGACGGAGAGGGAGGCAUGGAGGCUACUGAGAAGGGCUGUGGUGAGCUACUGCGGCGAGCCGGUUGGCACGGUGGCGGCGGAGGACCCCGAGUGUACGGAGAUGCUUAACUACGAUCAGGUCUUCAUCAGGGACUUUGUGCCCUCCGCUCUUGCCUUCCUCAUGCGCGGGGAGACCGAGAUCGUCCGCAAUUUCCUCCUCCACACCCUGCAGCUGCAGAGCUGGGAGAAAACUGUUGACUGUUACAGCCCGGGGCAAGGCUUGAUGCCAGCUAGUUUUAAGAUUAGGACCGUUCCACUUGAUGAAAACAAUGAAGCAUUUGAGGAGAUUCUGGAUCCUGACUUUGGUGAAUCAGCUAUUGGCCGUGUAGCUCCAGUUGAUUCUGGACUUUGGUGGAUUAUCUUACUUAGAGCAUACUGCAAGAUUACAGGAGACUAUUCAUUGCAAGAAAGAGUGGAUGUGCAAACCGGGAUUAAGCUGAUCUUGAGUUUGUGUUUGUCUGAUGGGUUUGACAUGUUCCCCACUUUACUGGUCACAGACGGAUCAUGCAUGAUAGACAGGAGGAUGGGGAUACACGGGCAUCCUCUUGAGAUUCAAGCUUUGUUCUAUUCUGCUCUAAGAUGCUCAAGGGAAAUGAUUGUUAUGAACGAGGGCUCAAAACACCUCCUCCGAGCCAUCAACAACAGGCUCAGUGCAUUGUCUUUUCACAUUAGGGAGUACUACUGGGUCGAUAUGAAUAAGAUAAACGAGAUCUACAGAUACAAGACAGAAGAAUACUCACAUGAUGCAACUAACAAAUUUAACAUUUAUCCCGAGCAAAUUCCUUCCUGGCUUGUUGAUUGGAUUCCUGAGAAAGGGGGUUAUCUUAUUGGAAAUCUGCAGCCAGCUCACAUGGAUUUUAGGUUCUUCUCACUUGGCAACCUUUGGGCCAUAUCUUCAUCUCUAACUACUCCAACACAAGCCGAGGGAAUACUUAGCCUUAUUGAAGAGAAAUGGGAUGAUCUUGUAGCAAAUAUGCCCGUCAAGAUCUGUUACCCUGCAAUGGAAUAUGAUGAAUGGCGCAUUAUUACAGGCAGUGACCCUAAGAACACCCCAUGGUCAUAUCAUAAUGGUGGAUCUUGGCCAACCCUACUGUGGCAGUUUACACUGGCCUGCAUCAAAAUGGGAAGACCAGAGUUGGCCCGCAGGGCCAUUGCAGUGGCCGAGGAGAAGCUCUCAGCUGACAAGUGGCCAGAAUACUAUGACACCCGGUCUGGAAGAUUCAUUGGGAAGCAGUCACGGUCAUAUCAGACAUGGACUAUUGCUGGUUUUCUGACCUCCAAGAUGUUGCUGGAAAACCCAGAGCUGGCUUCUAUCCUGACCUGUGAUGAGGAUCUUGAGCUCCUUGAAGGCUGUGCUUGCUGCCUCUCGAAGAGGACUAGAUGCUCACGACGUGCGGCCAAAUCAGAUAUCAUUGGGUAAAACAGCAGAAACCCUUCUACUCUUGCUCCUCCGCACACAAGUAUAUGAUCGACUGAGAAUUAACUGAAGUGGAUAAACUCUAGCCAUGUACUUACAAAUCAGAUAUCAUUGGGUAAAACAGCAGAAACCCUUCUACUCUUGCUACUCCGCGCACAAGUAUACGAUCGACUGAGAAUUAACUGAAGUGGAUACACUCUAGCCAUGUAUAUUAUAGGUUUACGUUAGAUAUCCAUCCAUUCAUUCAUUCCCUCAAUGUGCGCUCAUUCUUUUUUGCUGAGCCGCCAUUGAUGGGAACUGCCCUGGGUGAUACCGGUGGUCUAGAAGAGAAUCGCCAUUUUAUGUUGGAGCUCUCAUUUACACACAAAAGAGUAAUUUGUUCUUGUAUCGGUCACCUGCCACUCCUGACUCGGGAGUGAUGCCAAGUCCUGACGAGUAUAUCUCUAUCAGCAUUUGAGCUGUAUGUUGCAUUAUUUGCAAAACUGAGACUCUGUACAAUGUUCUUGUCAUGAAUAAUGAUACGUUUUCCAUUUGAUUC